GUCAGUUCCUGUAGACGAAUCAGCUGGACUGUUAUUUUAAAAGGGCGCCGAAAAAUUUUGGUUAAAAGUUCUAUUCCAAAUGGAAUCAGAUGAAGAUGAAGACGUGAUAUUUGAGGGAAGUCAUUUACAUAAACAUCUUACUACUUCGGAAUAUUGUGGACCAGAAUUAAACUUUUAUAAUACUGGGAAAAUCAGUUUUCCUUCCCAACAUGAUACAAAAAAAUCUGUUAUACCUGGUGGAUCUUGGAAAGCAUGUUUGCUGUCUUUGGGUUCGAAAUUAGGAUUCAAACGUGAGAAUCAUGAGGAAGAGUUUAAACAAGAUGUAUUGAGUAAAAUAACAAAUAGUUCACUCAUCACGUUAGAAGAUGCAGACUUUUUAUCCAACAUGUUUGAUGGAAUUUCAUCAGAAGUCACUCUGCCAACUAGUCAUUGUGGUGAAUUUGGACUCAUCACUAUCAGUGGCAUUGCAUUCUCUACCACUCUGCUGUUUUCAGCAAGGCUUCCAUGGGCUCUCCGCAUUCCCAGCCUUGUUUAUGUUGCAAGUAACAUCGUAAGAUCUGUCAGCCUAAAGCUCAACGACUGGGAUAGAAAAAGAUACGACCAAGUUGUGGAGAUACUAAAAUUCAACUUAAAUGAGUUACACGACUCGUGUUCGAUGAUGGCGAAAUCCUUGCAAUUCAUCCAAGAAAUGGAACUGAUAGAUCGCGGAUUUACUUUACCGAAUUUGAUCACACAUUUGAGCAUGAAAACAUUGCCGAAUCAACCCAGUGCUCUGCUUUGCUUGCCUUUGCGACAAGAAUUGCUAGAGACAACCCACGAACUCUACGACAUAAUGCGAGUUUUAACACUCCAUAUCAGAGACUGUGUGCCGCUCAAUAACGCCGUCGACAAUGCGUCCCAUUAUCUCGCGUGUUCUGAUAUAGCUACCGAAGUGAUUGACCAGCAUCACGUAACACUGCAAACUCUUCGGGCAUGCAUGAGACGAUGUCAUCUGCAGCUCUCCGAAAUGCUGAGACGUCUAGCUCUCUGUUUCCUCGUGCCUACGGGACAGCGUCAUUUCCAGCUGAUAGACGAGUUGUGUCGAGACCUGCCCGGAAGGAUAACACCCCUGACGCAUCGACUGCGAAUGGCCUACGACUACUACACGGCUUGGAAGGUCAGUGAUGCUUCAGACAUUCUAUGCUCGUCCGACAUAGUUAGUAGCUCAAACAACGACGAGCGGCCCAGGGGCCUCGACUUGGCGCUUCACAGUCUGGAGCGACAUUUGCGGGCGACCGCUCUGAUUAUCGACUCGGUCCGCGGGACGGAAUUGCUGCCGGGAAUGCGAAUUCAACUGAGCCACGAGUGUAGGGCUAUCGCUACAUGUUGGGAAUUGGUCGAAAUGGAAAUGCAUAAAUUGUCGAAUCCGUCGCCUUCGAUUUCGGCGCCAGUGCGAAAGGUUCACUUUGAACCUGACCAAUCCAUCCAAGCUGAUGGCGGCGGGAUAUUGCCGCUCUACGGUGCAUGGGAACCGGACGUCCAAGACAUGGAGAUCCUAGAGGCCGAUCUACGGUUUUCCGACAUCAAUUGUCAAGAUGUGACAGCCGUGGAUGAUGACGAGGAUCUGCUCUUGUUGAAGAGAGAAACAAGAGAAGAGCGUCUGGCCCGCAAGCGAGAACUGGCGGCCCAAUCGAAACGGCUCUACUCUGAGUUGCAAGUCGUUUUGAAAUCGAAAGCGGCCGAAUGGAAAGAGCGGGAAGCUCGGGUCAUGGAGCGUCUCGGUAGGGCUUCCGUAGUUGAACCAGACGUGCCGGAACAACAAGAGGACAAGGAAAAAGAAGAAUUAUCUUCUCCGGACAAGAUAGAAGAUAACGAUCGACCUGAGUUGAGAUCGGACCAAACGAAUCAUCCAAUGAUUGAAUGUACCGCGAGCGAUGCGUCCACUCGAUUCGACUCGAGCAGGAUCGUGCCCUGUUCGACUUUUGGCGUCCAGGCUUCAUUGGCCGCUCAAGUGCGCGCUCUUGCAUCUCAGAGGGGAGCCGUGCACAACGAAGAUGUGAUCGGCGAUUCUGAUUCCGACGAGGAAGAAGAGUCGGCCACGGGUUCGCUAAAAGACAUUUGAAAUUG